AUAUCGUGUCGCGCACGCGCCCGCGCCCGUGGCCCUCCGUCCAAUCGUUUCCACAAUCAACGGCUUUUCCUGAGAGCUCGCUCUGUCCUUUCUGCCCGCUGGCCCAUCUCCCAAUCCGCCGGCCCGUUCGUUUGGGCUUCCAGCUUCCCCCGUACAGUAGAUAGUAGAGACCCAUGACCGAUCUCGUCCAGGCUAACCCACUCAAUGCUAUCGAGAAUAGGCUCUGUCCUGGCUGUAAACAGUCUGCGGUAAAUGAAACUGGGGGCUUAGUCGUAGCAUUUGGCCAGUCUUUCUUCCACGUCAACUGUUUCAAGUGCGCAAAGUGCAACCAACAAGUAACUGCAGAUACCAACCUCCUCUUACUCUCUGAUGGAUCCCCCAUCUGUGCAAACUGCAGUUACAAUUGCAACAUUUGCCAGCAGCCCAUCCUCGAUGAAGCCAUCAUGACCGGUGACGACUCUUACCACGCCCACUGCUUCAAGUGCAAAGUAUGCCAUAAUCGCAUCGACGAACUCGUCUUCGCCAAAACAAGCCAAGGCAUAUACUGUAUGUCCUGCCACAACGAGCGCAUGGCCAAGAUCCGUCGUCAUGCUCACCGAAAAAGAGAAAAAGAAAAAGCUGCCUCCGGAAGUGGUUCUUCCUCCACCCGCGAACGUGAUGCUCGCGAUCAUCUUACUGACUAUGCUGCUUCGGAUCGGUCUCGCGACACCAUUUCAACCCAGGCAUCUUUGCGAUCCAAGGCAUCCACAAGUACGUUUCGUGAAACCCGCUCCACGAAGGGCGUGGAGCUGUCAACCCCAGCCAAGAAACGCAAGUCAUUGCCACCCGCAGACAACACACCCACUGCUGUUAAAACUGGGCCGUCAAGCACUGCUGCCUCGGGGGAUCUCAAACGAGAUCAUUGCGUACCGUCUCAGUCAUUUUCGUCUGAUGCUGCACCCUUUCAGGCAUUCUCUAUGACGGUAGCCCCGCCAGAGCUGAAUGGUUCAAGUGUUGACGAGCAUGGUGUACUCGUGAAUGGCCACUCUGGUCCUCAAUCGCACAGUCUCGAUCCAACGGACUGCAGAACAUCCCUCGGGCAUCUCCAGGCACUACCAUCUGAUGGUAGUACAACAGGAAAAUCCUACCUCAGCCCUCUAUCUGCAGGUGGCCCUAAAAACGUACAUCGGAGGAAGAGUUAUGACGACGGUGUACGGCCGCUUAACUUCCUUUUUGGUAAAAAGAGCUCCAACCAAGACGCUAAGAACCCUGUCGACAAGUCGCAAAAUCUUGGCCUCUUUGUACCUAACGGUAGUACUAAUGGGAGUGAGAAGCGGCGAUCGAUAAAUCCAGCACUGGCCAACGCGACUGGUAUGGCACCUGAGAUGGUCCGCUCUCACACCGUACCUGUUCAGGUUGCCCACUCGCCUGUGACACCGUCGCCUUCCAAACCCUUGUUCGAGCCCUCAGCGACACGCCGUGCGUCAAACAACAGCUCGUUGCAUGAUGCAGCAUCAAUUUUAACUGUUUACCAUUCGCCCCUAUCAUCCCCGACACCAACAGAGAGCGGACGUGGAACGCCAGAUUCAGUGCGCAUGCGGACUAUAUCACACGACCCCCAAUCCGCUCCACCAUCCGCUCGACCGGGAACUCCCUUGCGCAACGCCCUGCAUCCUGACGGCGCAGUACGCACAGACGGCUUUGGUAAUGUCUCGCGCUCACUCGAUAGUUCGAGCAGCUAUUCGGUGAACGGCCGACUGUCCCCUAUUGGGCCACGAUCGGCACGUUUGGACGGGACAAACUCUGGCCUUUCGUCUCCGCUCAGUUGGACUGACCGUUCAGGAACAGUUUCCCCGGCGUCUCCAUCGCAUACCGCGGACGUGCCGCACAGCAUCGAGAGUGGAACAGAUACAGAGGCUGAGGCUGAUUACGAGAAAAGUCCUGAUAAAACCCCUGUCACAACUUCAGACUCGCCCCCUGUCCUGCCGCCGAAGGAGUUCAAAUCAAAACGUCGUCCGAGCAAUCUGAAUUUGGAGAAUGUGAGGAUGGAUCCAGACGUAUCCGUUGUCUCUCAGUUAGAUGGCGAAGAGGAGUCUUCCCCUGUAGAGCGCACAUCUAUUGCCACGUUUAUCGCUCCUGCCUUGCCACCCAUUCGUUUCUCUAUGUCUGGAUCGGACUUCUCGGAGUUCUUGAAAUCUGUUGGGGGCGUACCACCCCUGAAGUCGCUGGAUCAGAUUUCUGGGGGAGCAAAGGAUGGCGCAGAGAACGUAUCAGCCACGAACAACAGCAUAAUGACGCGCUCUAUCCAGCAAACUAGCCCUGAGCAGUCAACUUCGUCGCAGCAUCCCACACCGCCCAUCAACGUCUCCGAUACCAAAGCGGAAGCCCUGUCGUCAAUUACUCCAGAUACCUCCAAAGAUGAGUCGGAGGUGAAUGAUGCAGCUCCCGAUAUCACACACGAGUUCCCUUCGCGCGGCCGUGCUGCCUCUGAAUCGCUCUCACCGUCGUUAGCAAGUGAAUCCGGCACUUCGGAGAGGAAACGGCUUAACUCGAAUGCUUCACUCAACGUGCUAACAUCUGCUGCGCGGAUCACGCUUACCGCUCCGGAGUCGGCGACAACGACCCCGGUUUUGAGCGAAUCAUAUGAAUUCGUUCUGCAGAGACUGCAGGAAAUGUUGGCGGAUGCAAAUGAAAAGGGGUCAUUACAGCUACGGUUUAAUAAGUCAUUCGUGGAAACUAUUUUGUCGGUUAUGGAACAGAGGCAUGUAGAGUAUACUGAUCUCAAGUCGCAUUAUGACGGGACGAAGAGAGCCAGCCAACAGUACAUGCACGGCCUCACCGUUGCUCAGAAAGAGUACGAUCGCGAGUUAGUCGCUCGUCGAAAUACUGAGGCCGAGGUUAUCCGCCUGCGGGUACUACUCUCUGGACAGGCAGCCAAGCUGACUGCGCUGAGUGGCGAGAGCAAGAGACUGGAAGUGCGGAAACAGUUGUCAGAGGAGCUCACCAAGGAUCUUGUCCACUUGGGGAAAGACCUCUCUAAGCUAAAGGCAGAACGAGACUUGGCUUUAGCGGAGAUGGAGGAGUUGUAUUCAUCAAAGAGUACGGCUCUCUUCAGUGAAGUACCAGCAACACACUUCAGCCGAUCGCUUGCUAUGCGCUUGGACAACCUCAAGUCCCAGUACAGGCACGAGCUUCUACCGCUCAGUGAACAACGAGAGUGUUUAAUGCGAGAAAUUACCGAACUCAAAGCAUCAAGAGAUCAGUUCCUGGAGGAGACGACCGUCCUCAACGCCCGAAAUGAGGAACUUGCUCAGCUCAGCACGCAAUAUGCACGUCGGAUGGAAGCCGCGCGUUCUGAGACUCCAGUGUUGGAUAUUUCACCACCACCGAUGUCCGACGACGCGAGCAAGCUGCAUAGAAAGAAGAGCAUGUCACUAGAUCGAUUUCGCCAUUCCCCGGAGACCUCUACGUCAGUGCAACACUCGCUUAGCGCCAGCUCCACACAGAGCACCAACGCUGUUGUUGAGGACAGGGAGAAAGGCAACCGCACCCCGAAGCCCGAUCAAUCAGAUGCACUAUCGACACUCAAAUCCGGCAAGUUCAAGUGGCCCGGAUCACGUACGAAGGAAGCUGCCACGUAUCCGUCUGACCACAGGGGCAAGAUGCACAUGGAACACAACUUCCAGCAAGCAAGUACUUUGCGGUUCGCGCGCUGCGAUCACUGUGGGGAUAAACUAUGGGGAACCUCACAGCUCCGUUGCUCAAAUUGUCACAUCAGCGUCCACUCACGCUGCAUGAAUCAAGUGCAGUUGGUAUGCACUCAUCAACCUCGGCACCGAGAUGACGUGAAUGGACACGUCGUUGCACUGCCAUCUAUGUUCGGCCGCGACCUUGUUGAGCAAGUGAAGUCGGACUAUAGGUGGGGUGACCGCAAGGUCCCUAUAAUUGUCGAGAAGUGUAUAGAGGCCGUGGAGGCGGUCGCACUGGAUUACGAGGGCAUCUACCGCAAAACUGGAGGAUAUGGCCAGACGAAGAUCAUCACCCAGCUGUUUGAACGGCAGGAUUAUGCCGCGUUCGACCUUCGAGACACUGACCGGUUCAACGAUGUGUGCAGUGUGACAUCGGUGCUAAAGGCCUACUUCCGUUCGUUGCCUGUGCCGUUGUUGACUUUCGACUUACAUGGGGAGUUUAUUUCUGCGGCUGGACUCAAAGAUCCUGCUCUUAAGACAAAACACCUCCAGGAGCUUGUGGAUCGGCUCCCCUCUGAACACUAUCAUACGUUGCGCCUACUAGUGUUACAUCUGCAUCGCGUGCGGGAACAUAGCGAUCAAAACCUAAUGACGGCUCGUAACCUUGGUGUCGUCUUUGGACCAACACUCAUGUGGUCGAGAGACCCAGGGUCGGAAUUCAGCGACAUGGCCGGCAAGGCCCUGAUGGUGGAGUGGUUGGUGGAUAAUGCCCUGACCAUUUUCUCGCCACAGCCGUGAUACCGGUCUCUAAACUUCUCAUCUACUUUUUCCCUCAUUCCCGUCUUGAACAGUGUUUGUUUAUAUUAUUGUACUCUGCGUAUUCGAAUCUUCGUAUUUCCGCUGUCGGUUACAACUAUAUUCCCUCCAGGUUUUUUUCUACAGUGUUGGAUUGGCAUCGCAUCAUAUCCCGUUUUGGAUUCUCGUUCCUCACAGGGAUUCGUCCUAUUUACCAACCUAUGUACCGUGCACUCGUUACUACUAUUUGACCCUCGACAUAGCUUCCUUUCGCACCGCCACAAUUGUUUAUCAGCCUAUUCCCGUUCACCGGGUUUAUUAUUCCACUUGAUAGAUACCCAUUUUUCGAUUCACUUAACACGUGGUUCUUCAGGAGGGU